AUGACAACUCACUCUCAAAAUGCUCUUCUCCUUCCCCUGCUAGUGGCCAUUCUUCUAAUCCUCCCACACGGGGGCACAGCGGCCUCACGCAAGCUGGGAUCCCAGGGCAACUACGAGCCUAUCGAUGAACCCCAGGAUGCCCAGAUCCAGGAUCUCGCCGAGUUCGCCGUGAGGCGGCACAAUAGAGAUUCUGGUGACAGGCUGGUCUUGACCCGCGUCCUCGGUGGGCAGCAAGAGGUGGUGUGGAAGGGGGUGAACUACCGGCUGGUGAUUGGCGCCCAGGGUAAGGGACGUGCGGAAGACCUCUACUUGGCCGUUGUGUGCGAGAAGGAUUGGAAAAAGUUCCCUGAUCUCGCAGCCUUCAAUCUCAUCGGCUAG